AUGGCUGAACAAUUAUUCCCUGGGUAUAAGGAUAAGAUAUGGGCUAUCAUACCUGAUGAAUAUAAACUUAUUAAGAUUAGGAAUGAUAAUAAUAUAUUCGAAAAAGGUAUUAAUAAACAUAAAGCCUUUCAAGAAAGGUAUAUUACCUAUAAGGAUAAUAUAGAACAACGUUUUAUACCAUCACAAAAGUAUAGGAAACCAUCAAUUGAUUGGAGAAGACAACAGGCUAGAGGUACACUACAUAUUGGAAGAUGGUAUGAAGGGCCUAAUGGUAGUGAUUAUCGUCCUAAUAAUACAGUUGAUAGGAUGAAGGAAUUAAUACCAUUUACUGAUAAGGAAUGGUCAUUAAGGCAAGGUCAACGUACUUGGGAUGGUCUUAAGUUUGUUAUCAUAUGUUGGGGAGUAUGGAUGGGAUGGAAGAUGACUCAGACUUAUCCUAUUGUAUGGUGUGAUGAAGAAGAAGAAGUGGA